GCAGCCACGGCAUGAAGAACACCGUUUGGUACCUAUCUUGAGUGUCUCUGAGGAUCAGGUUCUUUUGUGUGCCUCCUUCGGUGGCGUUGACAUUUUGGUGUCCGUCUGGCAGUCAGAAAGGGCUUCUUCUGAGCACUUGCGAUGGUCGUGGGGGCCUGGCGCUCUCACGGGGUGCUUCUUUGCUGCAGUGGAACGUUUCUCCCGAAUGCGUUUUGUGUAUGGCUGGUCUCUGCCCGCCCGCGCAAGCAGUUUUUCGGUUUAUAGAGGGGUGGUUCGGGCGCGCCAGGUGUGGGCAGUGCGUGAACGGCCCCUGGCUACGCCCGAAGCCGCCAGCGCCGUCUUGCAGCAGCGCCAGGCGGCGACCGGCGCCGCUGCCGACGCGCGUGCGAUGGCGGGGGCCUCUGCCUCUUGCAACGCGCCCGCGCACGCUCCCAGCGGUGGAGGUGCUGAUGCUCGUCCGUCCGCGUUGCGCUCCGAGAAGAGUGGCGAUGUGACGCCGGAGACCGUCACCCCGCCCACGCGCUCGGUGAGCCCGAGCAG